GUCCCGGCCACAGCGCGCCGCCUGGGUGUCUGGGCGAUCCAUGGGCAGCGGCGAGGGCCACGAUGACAGAUUACGGCGAGGAGCAGCGCAACGAGCUGGAGGCUCUGGAGUCCAUCUACCCCGAUUCCUUCACAGGCAGAUGCCUCUCAGCUCUCCCUGUAUAGCUCCAGUCCUGUUCAUGUUCUCUUUCACCAGCAGUACAGCUGUGCUGUGAGGAUAUUAAGGGGAUGAGUGAAGAGGGGUUUGAGAGUGUCAUUAACUGGUAUUAUCAGAAAAUCCACACAGUUUCACCAUUACUGUGACAUCUGAGGCUGGAGAAAAUGAUGAAACUGUCCAGACUACUCUCAAGUUUACAUACAGUGAAAAAUACCCAGAUGAAGCCCCCCUUUAUGAAAUAUUCUCCCAGGAAAAUCUAGAAGAUAAUGAUGUCUCAGGCAUUUUAAAAUUAUUAGCACUACAGGCAGAGGAAAACCUUGGAAUGGUGAUGAUCUUUACUUUAGUGACAGCUGUGCAAGAAAAAUUAAAUGAAAUAGUAGAUCAAAUAAAAACUAGAAGAGAAGAAGAAAAGAAACAAAAAGAAAAAGAAGCAGAAGAAGCCGAAAAGCAAUUAUUUCAUGGCACUCCUGUUACAAUUGAAAAUUUCUUAAGUUGGAAGGCCAAGUUUGAUGCAGAACUCUUGGAAAUUAAAAAGAAACGAAUGAAAGAAGAAGAACAAGCAGGAAAAAAUAAAUUAAGUGGGAAACAGCUAUUUGAAACAGAUCAUAAUCUUGACACAUCUGAUAUCCAAUUCUUGGAGGAUGCUGGAAACAAUGUGGAAGUAGAUGAGUCUUUGUUCCAGGAAAUGGAUGACUUGGAGCUAGAGGAUGAUGAGGACGAUCCAGACUACAGUCCUGCUGAGCCAGAGAGUGACUUGACUGAUUAAUGGACUGUCCCCGUCUGCGGAGAGGCGCGACUGCCACAGCAUCUGUGGCUAUGCUGAGAGGGUGUUGAUGUUCCUUUCUUUUUUUCUAAGAAAAAAUAAUUUUCAGGAGAAUAUUCUUCUGAGGCCUUUCAUCAUUGAACUUAAUAAACUGACCUUAACGUUUCAAAUAUAAGAUGUUGAAUUCCUCUUAUUGGUGGGAAGCAGGAAAAAUAUUUAAAAUCAUAUAGUGUUGGAGAGAGACCUGCCUGUCACUCCAGACAUGAAUAUAGGCUGCUACUGUUGCUCAGGUGUGGUUUUUAUACAAGGAACUGGAAUAACUCAGAACUUCUGUGGUGGUUUUUGGGUUCUAAGUGUUGUCAUUCAUAUAGAGUAUUAGAAGACUGAGGUGAUUAGAACAUUAAACCUUGUGCAUUCUAGCCUUCAGGCAUGAUAAAUUGAAGUCUUAACAAAACCAGAAGCCCAUAUUAUAGUCAGGA